AUGGAGGUGGAGGAGCUGCCUGCUGUAGCUGCAUAUCCAGGGGCUGUCGUGCUGCAGGCGGCCGGCACAAGUGUGAUGGAGCCAGGAGUCCAGCCAGCCGUGACUUCUCCAGAAGGGCAGGAGGAGCCCAUGGACGUCGAGCAGGAGCGGUGCUUCGCAAAGAAGUUUCCGUCACUGGCGCAGUUCCUGCAGCAACAGCAAAGGCAGCAGGCAGGCGUCGAGAGCAGCUCCGAGCCGAUGGAGGAGGAGCAACCUCUGCCAGGAGGCUCCAGCAAGGGGGCCCACGCUGCGGGGAGUCGGUUGCUGCACGCAGUGAAGAUGCGCCUCGUGCAGAGCGGGCGCGCGCCGCUGGAGAGGCAGGCGUCCACCCCGGAGAGCUGCUCCAGCCUAGCCAGCGAGGAACAAGAGGUCACCGAAGACGACGCCAGCUCGCGGGACAUGUCGGUCCAGGAGGAGUCCUCGGGUGACACGCGCGACGUGAGGGGGCAGUUGGGGGAGCUGAUGCUCAAACCAGCCGCGCUGACUGUGGCGGUGUCGGUGGAUGAAGCGAUGCCGGAGGCGAUGUCCCCCAGUGCUAGCAGCGACGUCUGGGCAGACAGCGGCCACCACCGCAUCUCGACGCAGCACCACAGACAGCGGCCGAGCUCCAUCGCGGACGUGCCGUCGCCGGCCCGCAGGAUCCUGCGGCUGGCCUCGGAUUCCGACGUGGACUCCCCAGUGACAGCGUCUCCAGCACAGGUGCCGGCGCUGGCUGUGGAAGAUUCCUCCUCUCAGGAUGACAGCAUGGCGGGCUCCAGGGCGCCCUCCAGAGGGGAAGGUCAGAGCUCCGAGGACAUGCCAUCUGUCACGGACUCUUCUCAAGAGGCCAGUGAAGGGAGGAGCGAGAUGGAGGAGGAGGAGGCGGCGGUGGCCAGCCCGUUCCCGGAUCAAGCUGAGGGCAGGGCCGAGGAUGUGGGCGUCUCCUCAGGCUCUGUGACAGCUGUCUUCCGGGCAACCUUCGCCGAGGCAUCUGACAAAGGGAUUCCGGCAGAGACACCUACAGAUCAGCAGAGUCAGCGAAAAGGGUCAGAGUGCCCAUUGUGGGGUGAGGCAGCUCAGGUGGCAGACCAAGACAAAGUGGCUGCAGCCACUUUCGCACCCACAUUUCUAGCCUCUGUGACCUCCACAGCCUAUGGCAAAGUGAAGCAGAAGUUACAACACCAAGAGCAGGAAGAGUGCAGGGCGGAGGUGACUGAGCAGCAAGUGGAGGUGACUGUGCACCGAGAAGAGGUGACUGAGCAGCAGGUGGAGGUGACUGUGCACCGAGAAGAGGUGACUGAGCAGCAGGUGGAGGUGACUGUGCACCGAGAAGAGGUGACUGAGCAGCAGGUGGAGGUGACUGUGCACCAGGAAGAGGUGACUGAGCAGCAGGUGGAGGUGACUGUGCACCGAGAAGAGGUGACUGAGCAGCAAGUGGAGGUGACUGUGCACCGAGAAGAGGUGACUGAGCAGCAAGUGGAGGUGACUGUGCACCGAGCAGAGGUGGCUGAGCAGCAAGUGGAGGUGACUGUGCACCAAGCAGAGGUGACUGUGCACAGAGGGGAUGAAGAGUGUAAGGCGGAGGUGACUGUGCACAGAGCAGAGGAAGAGUGUAAGGCGGAGGUGACGAUGCAGCGAGUGGAGGAGUGCAGAGUGGAGGUGACAGAGCAGCAAGUGGAGCAAGCGGGUAGCACAGCGCUGAUGCAGGAUGAGAAGCAGCAUGUGGCAGAGCUAGAGAUAGAGGCGCCAAUGGAGGAGGUCCCAUCUGGGGCAGAAGAGCAACAAGCAAGGAAACGGAAGAGCACUGAGAGCCCCUACAAGGCGACCCCAAAGAAGAGGGGGCGCAAGUGA